AUUUUGAAUGUCAGCCGGAUGAUUUGUCGCUAUAGUUAUUACGCAAUUUACGUGGCACGCCCACCGUUUCACGUAAAUUCAGGAGUGUGCAGGACAACGCCGAGUGGAUCGAUUUUCCUCAAAACGUUUAAAUAAAAAUGGCAGAGGUUGCUCACAUGAUUGACACUGAGGUCUUCCUGGCUUUCUCUACCUAUGCAGCCAUAGUCAUCCUUAAAAUGAUGCUGAUGGACCUCUUCACUUCUUAUUUGCGCUUGACAAAAAAGGUAAGUUAUAAAUCUCGAACUCAGCAAAUGUUUUAUUCUACACACCUGAAUCAAUGUAAUGUUUCUCCAAAGGUCUUUGCAAACCUAGAGGACACCAACUUGGUCAAAACCACUGAAGACAGGAGGAAGUGUGUCAGGGUAGAUCCAGACGUCGAACGGGUGCGGAGAUGCCAUCAGAAUGACCUGGAGAACAUCAUUCCCUUUGUGGUAAUUGGCCUUCUAUACGCUCUCACGGGACCCGAUCUCUACGCGGCUCUGUUGCACUUCAGGGUUUUUGUGGGUUCACGGUUUAUUCACACGGUGGCUUACCUGGUUGCUCUUCCCCAGCCCAGUAGAGGCCUGGCGUGGAUUGUGGGAUUGUUCACAACCUUCUCCAUGGCCUACAGGGUCAUCACUACCGCACUUUUCCUUUGAUGGCUAGCACUUGGAAACUUUUAGUUUUCGUCGAUAUGCUUUGUGUAAACGAAAAGCAGGUUUAGACUAAAACAUGACGAUGAGCUGAGUAUUUUGAGGAGCCUGCAUAUGUGCAUUUGCAGUUUACAUAAUUGUUUAAGUUUGUGGUACCACACUGCUUUACAGUAAAACUGAAAUACUCUGCACGAUAAUCUGCACAAUUUUGACCAGUGCUGUAUACUAUUAAUAUGGUUCUUAUGAACCAUUAUAAGACAUUAAGCAACAGAUAUGUUUAUCUCUAAAAUUAGGCCCAAGUGAGAGAAAAACAAUGAAAAAAAAUGAAUGUAACCGCUUCAUGCCUUAAGUAACAUUAGUUUAGAAGUCUUACGGAGGCAAAUGAAAGUUGGAAUGUGACCUCCUGUUAUGCUGUUGUAAUUGCAAAUUAACAUUUUGUAUAUUGAUGGUUAUUGUAAACAGGUUUUAAAAAAGUUUGAAUAAACUUGCUUAAGGUUUCCAAUA